CCGUGCCCUCAGCCGGCGGUGAGGCCGAGGCGCUGCUUGGGUGGCCCGUGUGGACCGCGGUGUGCGGGUGCCGUGCGGGGCCGCUGAGCGCGAGUUCUCCCACACACCUGUCUCAGCCUGGGGUGAGUACCCCUACACGCUUGCUGGCCCAGGUCUCGUCCCGGCUUGGCCUCAGGCCCUUAUCCGCGGACUGAGGGAGCUCCGGUACACCCUGUAAGGCACCGCACAUCCCUCUGCUGAAGCCUGGAGCGUUCAGCGAUGGCUUCAGGAACAGCCCUGAUUUACGAUGAGGCAAUGACCAGGCAUAAGCUGCUUUGGAACGAUCCUAUUUGUGAUAUUGAAGUGCCAGAAAGACUGUCAGCCUCCUAUGAGCAGCUUCAGUGUUACCAUCUUGUGGAAAGAUGCAUCCCUGUGCCUGCUAGAGAAGGAAGCGAGGAGGAAAUCCUUUUAGUUCACAGUUCAGAACACUUGGAGGCUGCAAAAAGCACACAGGCAAUGAAUGAAGAGGAACUGAAAAGAAUCUCUGGAAAUUAUGAUUCUUUUUUCUUUCAUCCGAACACUUACCACUGUGCCAGACUAGCUGUAGGAGCAGCUUUGCAGCUAGUGGACUCUGUGAUGUCAGGAAAAGUGUGCAAUGGAAUGGCAUUAGUAAGACCUCCAGGUCACCACAGUCAGAGAAAUGCAGCUAAUGGGUUCUGCUUGUUCAACAACGUUGCUAUUGCAGCAGAAUAUGCAAAACUCAAAUAUGGUCUUCAGAGAAUCCUAAUUGUUGACUGGGAUGUGCACCAUGGGCAAGGAACUCAGUAUAUAUUUGAAGAAGAUCCAAGUGUUUUGUAUUUUUCCUGGCAUCGCUAUGAACAUCAGGAAUUCUGGCCAUCGCUCAAAGAAUCUGAUUAUGAUGCUGUGGGUUUGGGAAAAGGAAAAGGUUUUAAUAUAAAUUUACCUUGGAAUAAGGUUGGGAUGGGAAAUUCAGAUUAUCUUGCUGCAUUUUUUCAUGUGUUACUUCCAAUGGCUUUUGAGUUUGAUCCUGAACUGGUUCUUGUCUCCUCUGGAUAUGAUUCAGGAAUUGGAGACCCAGAGGGUCAGAUGAAUGCCACUCCUGAAGUCUUUGCCCACCUUACCCAUUUCCUGAUGCAGUUAGCUCAUGGGAAGCUGUGUGUCAUCCUGGAGGGUGGGUACCAUUUGAGGUCCUUGUCUGAAUCCGUCUGCAUGACCGUAAGAACUUUGCUAAGAGAUCCUCUGCCUCAGGUAACUGGAGAAAUGGCACCUUGCCUAAGCGCUAUUGAGUCUAUCCAAAAUGUGAGAGCAGCACAUAAACCCUACUGGAAAUGGUUGACGUAUGAAGACACAUCAUUUUUGCACAACUUGAGCACCAAAUCAGACUUAGUAAAGACUGCUGAUACAAAUCCCUGUAGAGAUGAUGAAGCUAAGAUAACUGACAGUAAUGGAACUGACAGAAUAGAAAGAUUUUUGGAGUUGCACAUGAAAAAUAUUGUAUUUCCAGUUCCUCCCAUCAAAACAGCAACAACUGAGUUGAAAGCUUCAGCAGACCCAAACACCUUCCCAGUACACCUUCAUGUUGUGAAGGAAAUGGACAAAAAUGAACUAGAAGCUCUUGUCAGUGAUUUUCAUGCAGACCUUGUGGAAGCAAACAAAACUUUGCUCUUUCUUGGCAGUACAUUGACCAUCCUAGAUAAAAUACUUAAGAAAGAGGUAUGCAGUGGAAUUGCAGAAUCACCUGCAGCUUCUGCUUCUGUUGCUGUUGCACUGAGACAUUCUCUUCAUUUUGGGUUUCAAAGAGUGCUUUGCAUCUUUGUUGGAGAUACGGAUAUCAUGCCGAGCACGGAAGAUGGAAAAAUACUCAUCAUACAUGUUUGCAAGAAAGAACAGACUGGAAAGAGCAGCUCUAAACACUAUGUUGUACUAAACUGGAAAGAGGAUGCUGAUGGGAAUGACUUCUUUUCUGCUGUGCUUGGAUUCAUUCUUCCUGUAGCAUAUAGUUACCAACCCAACUUGAUAAUAAUAGCUGUUGGAGCAAACAGGAGCCUUGGAAUAAGUGGGAUUUCUCUUAUUAUUGGUUUGCUACAAGGACUAGCAGAAUCUCGAAUUCUUGCAGUGAUUGAGGACACAGACAUAAAUCUAAUGCAAAGUGUAGCCAAAGCACUUGCAGGUGCUUCUAUGCCUCAUUUUGGAGUUCAUGUGCCUCCUACCCAAGAAAAAGUAAAUCAAAUAAAAAAAUUAAGAAACCAGCUUCAGCAGGACUGGAAAAUGCUUCAGUGCUCAGUGAACGAUGGAAUUUAAAGCACUUUAAAACCUUU